AUGGCUCCAGUCCUGAUUCUCCUGACUUUUCUUCUGCCGCUUGGAGCUGAUGCAGAGGAGAUCAUCGGGGGCCACGAGGUCAAGCCCCACUCCCGCCCCUACAUGGCAUUUAUUGAAUUUGUGAAAGAUGAUGGGGAAAUUUAUACCUGCGGAGGCUUCCUGGUAGAAGACAACUUCGUGCUGACAGCUGCUCACUGCAGGGGAAGCACAAUGAACGUCACUCUAGGAGCCCACAACAUCAGCUUCCCGGAGAAGACCCAGCAGAUCAUCCCUGUGGCUAAAGCCAUCCCACACCCAGGCUUUAAUAACAAAACCUUCCCAAAUGACAUCAUGCUCUUAAAGCUGGAGAGGAAGGCCAAGAGGACUAAUGCUGUGAGGACCCUCAGGCUGCCCAGGAGUAAUGUCCAUGUGAAGCCAGGGGAUGUGUGCCAUGUGGCUGGAUGGGGACAGUUGGCUCCGAAGGGUAAACGCCCAGAUACAUUGCAAGAGGUAGAGCUGACAGUCCAGAAGGAUCAGGAGUGUAAAUUCUGCUUUCGUCGUCGUUACAACAAAGCUACUGCGAUCUGUGUGGGGGACCCAAAGAUCAAGCGAGCUUCCUUUUUGGGCGAUUCUGGAGGGCCUCUCGUGUGUAAAAACAGAGCUGCAGGCAUUGUGUCCUUGGCCUGUACUAAUGGUUCAGCACCAGGAACCUUCACCAGAGUUUCAAGUUUUCUAUCCUGGAUACAGAAAAUGAUAAAACAUAGCUAA